AUGGCGUCAAAGGAGGAAGGCUUGAUGCAGACGCUUGCUGUCACACUGGGCUCCAGUGAAAGUCCUCUGCGUUUUAUACUUUCACAAUUACUCGGGUACCCCCUUGCCGCCUUCUACCGACGAUUUGUGUACGGCCAGACAGCCAACAUUCAACAUAUAUUCUUCAUCAUAACUGGUCUAUGGAUCGCUUCCUUCAACUUUGGUUUUAGUGCGUUACACACCGUCAUCAAUGUGUUGGGUGUCUACAUUAUACUACAGACUUGUGCUGGCACUAGACUGUCGCUGUGGCUUGCCAUCAUAUUCAACAACGUCUACCUUAUUUCGGGAUAUUACAUCCUUGACAAUUAUGAAGAUAUAUGUUGGACCACACCCCUUUGUGUCCUGACUCUUAAGCUGACUGGUCUCACCUUUGAUCUCUAUGAUGCACAGAAAAAGGAGGAGAAGUUGUCUGCUGAACAGAAAGCUACAAUAAUAAAAGAGCCCCCGUCUUUCCUAGCCAUGCUAGGCCAUGCUUUUUUCUUUGGAGGAUUUCUUGCAGGACCACAGUUUAGUAUGAAGCGAUACCUGUCAUUUACAAGUGGAACACUACAAGAAAAGGAGUCCAAGGAUCCUCCAGACAGUGUUAUACCAGGACUAAAGAGACUAGGUCUGGGUGUUGUGUAUAUUUUCAGUGUCUGGCUAGCAAAGUUUUUCUAUAUAACACUGUGGGGACGAGUUAUCUUAAACAAAUAUAUUGGAAGUUGGCUCAUCGCAGAAGGAACAUGUAUACUGGUGGGCAUAUCCUAUAACGGCAAGGACAUCAACGGCAACAUAGAAUGGAACGGAGUGUGUAACGUACAACUAAGGAAGCUGGAGGAAGGCUAUCGACUUCGUGACUACAUACAAUCCUUUAACUACAAUACCAACCAGUGGAUGGCAAAAUAUGUGUUUAAAAGAUUACGAUUCCUAGGAAACAAAUUCAUAUCUCAAGCUGUCACUUUAUUUUACCUGGCGAUGUGGCAUGGCACAAGAUCCGGAUACUAUAUGAACUUUGCAUUAGAAUUUAUAAUGAUAAAUUGUGAAAAUCAGGUGAUAGGAUUAGUUCCAAAGAUUCCAGCCCUGGAGAAGUUUAAUAAUACAUCAAUACUGCAGCCAGUGUUGUAUAUCUUCAAGAAGCUGGUAACGACGUUCUGUAUGGGAUACGCCCUGCUUAGUUUUGUGCUUUUAAAUUUUACUGAUUAUAUGAAAGUUUACAGUCAACUGUAUUUCGUUGGUCAUGUUUUUUUCCUGGCCUGGCCACUACUAAAUAUUCUUAUAACGUCUGUGUUUGUCAGGCGCAAAUCUUCAUCAAAUGGACAUUUGCCAGAAAAAAAAGAUUCCGGGGUAGAAAAGGUGAAAGAAGAGUGAUACCAGAGGGAUGAGAGAAUACAGACACCUUAUAUUUGAUAUGAAAUUUUAAAUUAUUGUGAAUGAUAUAUAUUUUAUCUAAGAUUUAUAAAACUAUCUCCCAUAAUGGAGAGCAUUUGUGAUCUAUGUUGUUGCUGAUAACAGGUGUAUUUUUUCUGGUAGUGACUAGAUUGUUUGAUCUUAUGGGGAAAUAUUGAUCAAUAUAGCCUUAAAUGAUAGGGUUACAUGUUAACCGGGGGUCAGAUAAUCUAACGUUAAAAACUGAAAAUAAAAUUAAGACAAUAUGAUAUUCUUGUCAUGAAAACUAUAUAUUAGGAAAGAAUUUUUGCUGAAAAGCUUCAAUUUGAUAAAAAGAGAGUAAAAAAUGUUUGAAAUUAGGUUAGGGUUGGUUUUCACUUGCUUUUUGGUGAUAUCGUUUUGAAAAUUUGAAAGCUCAUAAAUGUCAUGUUAAAUUGAGAUUGAUGCCAAUCAGCAAGCCAGAUAUAAUAGCCCUUGUAAAUGUGUACUGUUGAACCUUGUACAGACCGUAUUUAUCCUUCAAUAAGCCCAGGUCUUGUAAUAAGCCCGCCCACUUAUUGUUCUAUAGAAUCAGCAGGUUAUUCAGUUGUUGUCUGUAGAGGGACCUCUCCCGAGAUCAUUCAAUACAGACCUAAGGGGUUUCUGUGGGAUACGUAUGGAAAGUGUACUGAUGUGUUGGUUUGUGAUUGUGUGUACCAAUAUGUAAAUUGGACCUUUCAUAUAGUACUGUAGAAAUAAUCACUCAAUGUAUUUUGUUACAAAUUUUUGCCCGGAUUGAAGAGCAUGAAAGGUCUUAUUGUGGGAGAAAAGUAGCGUACUAGGGGAAAACUGAAAAGUAGAAGACAAGCAUGUUACAAUGUCUACCAUACCACCUAUAAUAUAUAGGAGAAAUUAUCAUGUGUUUCGUGCCUUUCCUACCAUGUCUCUCCCACUACACCAUAAACAUUCACCUUCAAGGGAAAGAUUUGAAUACCUAGAUAUAUAUUUUGUCUCCUCUUCUCUGGUAAUAAGCCCAUGUCUGGUAAUAAGCCCAACUAUAUCCAUUUCUGUUUAUACAUGUACAUACUAUUUUAUCAUCCGUAUCACUUUGAGUCUGAGAUUGACCCGUGCAUGGGCUUAUUACCGAGUAAAUUACAGAAAAUCACUAUAUCUAUAAACAAUUUAUCGUCGUGUAGAAUUCUUUGUUAGCCAAGAUGGAAGUGAGUGGAGAUCUACAAGAGAAAAUGUAUGUGGUCAUGUGACCCAAUAAUAUUGGGCGAUUUAACCUCCGCCCCUCUCUGGGGAAAAGGCGAUGGCAGUUGUUGUUUUAAUAGAGUUUUACUGUUUUUCGGUGCUUGAUAUU